GAAAUGAUGAAUGAAGUGAUAGUUGGAGGAGGACAGAAACAAAAAUAUUUUGUUGUCCCUCUGAUCAGAUGCGGUUGGGACAGGGAAUGGCAUUCCACCCUCCCUCCUCUCCAUGGCUGUCUCGUGACCCUCCCCUUUCUUUUCUUCCCAUGCAUCCGUAGCCGUAGGUGGAGAUGGAAGGCAAGACAGAAAGUCACAUUUCAUCAGCUGCGGCCUUUGUUGAAGGUGGGGUUCAAGACUUAUGUGAUGAUGCUUGCAGCAUAUGCCUUGAGGAGUUUUCUAAGAGUGAUCCUUCAACGGUCACUACAUGCAAACAUGAGUUUCACCUGCAGUGCAUUCUUGAAUGGUGUCAGAGAAGCUCCCAAUGUCCUAUGUGUUGGCAACCUAUUAGCUUGAAGGAUCCUUCUAGCCAGGAAUUGUUUGAGGCUGUAGAACAGGAGAGAAGUUUGAGGGUUACCACAUCAAGAAAUGCUUCUAUUUUUCAUCAACUUGCCUUUGAUGAUUAUGAAUUGCAGCAUUUGCGCAUGAGUGUGAAUGAUCCUGAUUUUGAAGAUAGAGUAAUUCAACAUAUAGCUACUACUGCAGCGAUGAGGAGAGCAGCCCAACUUGGUCAGAGGGAAGGGCAGCGAACUCGUUCAGCUCAUGGUCAUCCACACUUCUCAAUGUUCUCAACUCAGCCUAUCGCACUUUCAUUAGGUCAUGAUUCAGUUGCUGGAGAAAAUGAACCAACUGCAAUUCCCAAUAGAAGUGCAUCUACCCUAAUAACAUCAGAUGGAGAUGAACCAUCACAACAGAUCCUGCACGUUCAAACUCAAAGCCCUUCUUCAGCUUUUGGAUCUACUGUCAUGACAACAAAUCACCAAGGAGUUUACUUUAAUGAUAGAGGCUCUACUGAUCAUUCUUCACCAACAAACCAAGAUAGAGAAGGGCCAUCAGAAUUCCAGUCAUUUUCUGAUUCUCUGCGGUCCAGAUUUAGUUGUUUGUCCGUAAGAUACAAAGAGUCAAUCUCAAAGGGUGCAAGGGGAUGGAGGGAGAGGUUAUUCUCUCGUAGUUCAUCCAUGUCAGCAGUUGGUUCAAAAACAAGGAGAGUGGUGAAUACUGGAAUUGAUAGUGUAUCCGGAUUGCUGGAGUCCCCUGAAACUAGUGAAAAUAAUAGAGUUAUGGGUACUUCUUUAUCAAAUCAUAUGGAGGGUCGUGACAUGGGAGGGGUAAGCUACCAGAACAAUGUUGAAGCUACUAGGGAGAACUCUUCACAUGAUAACAAUACUCCACCUGCUUGUUCUGCUAUCUCAAAUUUAAAUUGAGCUCUUAUCUGCUUCUGUUAAUGCAUCUUUCCUCAGCGUCUCAUAUUUGAAGGUAACUUUCUCCAGACAUGACACGCUGAGGAGCAGAUAUGCUUUGCAAUAAAGAUUAGAAUAUGAAAAACAACUGUGCUUAUACCUAAAAGUUAAUGUUUCUAUGUAUAUACAUUAUGCCGGAAACCGUGAAGAGUUGUGUGUAUCUAAAGUGUCUGGGUGGAAUGGAUUUUAAACUGGCAUGUAUUCUGGACAUAAAUGUACUCAUGGAGGAAAAACGUAUGAAAUUAAAGGGAACUUGUGCUC